AUGAACGAUCUAUUCUCUGGUUCUUUCAAGCAAACUUAUCCGGAUGAUGUCGAGGCAGGCGGUGGUGCGGCUAAUGAUGUGGUUGAUCUUGAUAAGUUCUUCCUUGAUGUGGAGAAUGUUAAAGAAGACAUGUCAGGGGUUGAGAAGCUGCAUAAAAAGCUACAAGAAUCAAAUGAGGAAAGUAAGAUGGUUCAUAAUGCCAAAACAAUGAAGCAACUUCGGGCGAGGAUGGACUCAGAUGUGGAGCAGGUGUUGAAGCGGGUAAAAGUUAUAAAAGGAAAGCUCGUGGCCCUUGACAAGUCGAAUGUGGAACAUCGGAAGAUUCCUGGUUGUGGGCCCGGCUCAUCAACUGACCGAACCCGCACGUCUGUAGUUAGUGGUUUAGGCAAGAAGCUCAAGACCAUGAUGGAUGACUUCCAAGCAUUGCGAACUCGUAUGAACGAAGAGUACAAAGAGACAGUUGGGAGAAGAUAUUUUACAUUAACAGGUGAGAAUGCAAACGAAGAAUUAAUUGAAAAUUUGAUAUCUAGUGGAGAAGGCGAAGAUUUUCUUCAAAAAGCGAUCCAAGACCAAGGUCGGGGCCAAAUUAUGGAUACAAUCUCGGAAAUCCAAGAAAGACAUGAUGGGAUCAAAGAUAUAGAGAAAAACUUGAUAGAACUCCACCAGAUCUUCUUGGAUAUGGCCGCCCUAGUAGAAGCUCAAGGACAACAAUUGAACGACAUCGAGAGCCACGUGGCCCACGCGAGUUCAUUCGUCCAUCGUGGAACCGAGCAAUUAGUGGAAGCAAGGGAGUUGCAAAAGAGCUCUAGGAAAUGUUCUUGCAUUGCCAUUGCCCUCGUUCUUGUCUUAAUUAUCGUUGCACUUUACCCUGUUUGGUUCCCCAUGUUGAUGGGUAGAUAA